UGGGCAUCAGAACCUAUAACUCUGACUUCCCACCCUCCCUGGAAGAUAUUCAGGUGGGGGGCAUACUUUGAGGUGAGGAGAGGCCCACUGGUGAUCCCUAAGAAGACUACUGUAGGUAACUGAGAUGACCUCUGUCAGGGCUCCUGGGGUCUCCUUUUCCUUGUGUGAGGUUGUCCCCAAAGCAGGCCUUUACCUUGUAUGUGUUCUUAGCUUUAGAAAUAGGCCCACACCCACCCACCGCACCCAGCCACAGCCCUGCAGUGCGGCUAGUGUGGGGCCAGUGACAUGUGGUCUCUGUCACUGCUAGGGGACAAAACUGCAGAGCAGUUUUGGGGGACCUGAGAAGAUAUGCAAGGCAUAUACCCUGGAAAAGCAAGCAUUCCUGUGUCUGCUACUAGGGCUGCGCACAAUUUAUUCCUGUGCUGGGAGGCAGAAGGGAGUGAGGCCAGUCUAGACUAUUUCUUGGCAGACCUCAAGAUGAGACCGCUGCAGGGGGAUAGAGGGGACUGGGCUGGGGCCAAGGGAAGAAGCCUGCUGUCACCGUCAGCUGGCAAACCUAAGAGGAAAGGUGGGGCCUGGUCUGUGCCCCAUUCCUGUUCCCCACCUGUCUCUACUCUUUUCUCCAUUUUCCCUGGCUCUGCCAGACUGUCUCCCUGGGCGCCCGCCUCCCCACCCACCCCUGGAGGGCGGGGCUUGGCUGCACCCACGUGUGGCGGAGUUAUAUGCUCCUAGCCGGCAGAGGAGCUGGGGAGUGUGGAUCCAGCUGGCUCAGGCAGAAAAGCAGCACCAUGGCCGGCAAGAAAGUCUGCAUUGUAGGCUCCGGCAACUGGGGCUCAGCCAUUGCCAAGAUUGUGGGUGGCAAUGCAGCCCAGCUGGCACGCUUUGACCCACGGGUGACCAUGUGGGUGUUUGAGGAAGACAUCGGGGGCAGAAAGCUGACAGAGAUCAUCAACACACAGCAUGAAAAUGUCAAAUACCUGCCCGGGCACAAGCUUCCCCCCAACGUGGUGGCUGUCCCAGAUGUGGUCCAGGCUGCAGUGGAUGCUGACAUCUUGAUCUUUGUGGUGCCCCAUCAGUUCAUCGGCAAGAUUUGUGAUCAGCUCAAGGGCCACCUGAAGGCAAACGCCAUUGGGAUAUCUCUUAUUAAGGGUGUAGAUGAAGGCCCCAAUGGGCUGAAGCUCAUCUCUGAAGUGAUUGGGGAGCGGCUCGGCAUCCCCAUGAGUGUGCUGAUGGGGGCCAACAUUGCCAGCGAGGUGGCUGAUGAGAAGUUUUGUGAGACAACCAUUGGCUGCAAGGACCAGGCCCAGGGACAACUUCUGAAAGAACUGAUGCAGACACCCAAUUUCCGAAUCACAGUGGUACCAGAGGUGGAUACAGUAGAGAUCUGUGGGGCCUUAAAGAAUGUAGUGGCCGUGGGGGCUGGCUUCUGCGACGGGCUGGGCUUUGGCGACAACACCAAGGCAGCGGUGAUCCGGCUGGGGCUCAUGGAGAUGAUCGCCUUCGCCAAACUCUUCUGUAGGGGCCCUGUGUCCCCUGCCACCUUCUUGGAGAGCUGUGGUGUUGCUGACCUCAUUACUACCUGCUACGGAGGGCGGAACCGCAAGGUGGCGGAGGCCUUUGCCUGUACAGGAAAGUCCAUUGAGCAGCUCGAGAAAGAGAUGCUGAAUGGGCAGAAGCUGCAAGGGCCCCAGACAGCCCGGGAGCUACACAGCAUCCUCCAACACAAGGGCCUGGUGGAUAAGUUCCCUCUGUUCAUGGCUGUGUACAGGGUAUGCUAUGAGAGCCAGCCAGUGGGUGAAUUCAUCCGCUGCCUGCAGAAUCAUCCAGAACAUAUGUGAGCAAGACGGAAGCCCAGGCCAGGAAGCUUCUUUACCCUGGUGGAGAGAGGCAGAAGCUUGGGUACCUGGCCACCAGGAUCUCUGGGUCUCCCCAGAGAGAAGCCUCUUCUCUGCUUUUCCCUGGAGGAUAGGAGGCUGUGGGGCCCAUCGAUCUGUCUGGAAAUCCUGAAUCACCAAGCAGCCUGCAGCCUCUUGCCACAUCUGGCCAGGAAUGGAGAUGCCUGUCCCUCUCCAAAUGUGGGGCUUUCUCCUUGCCCUCUGGGAAGCCCCAGUGCUGUCUGUUUGGGCAUGUGUGGUAGGGCAGGGGGUGGAGGGAGAGGGAGGUAAGGCAAUGGCCACCCACUGCUGCAUCACACAGGACAGGAAUCCUGUCCCCAAGCCCAGUUGAGUGGCUACAGAACUAUCUCAGCUACAAGAGGGAUGAGGCAAGGCCUGUCAGGGAGUGGUUUGAGAUUUUGAGCUGACAAAGGGACUCCUUUGCUCUGUCUGACCUACGCCAGGCCCCACUCAGCAUCAAUGGAUCUCAGUGUUUGUUAACAAAAUACGAAGAUCUCAACCCCCUUCUAGCUUCUCCUAGCAACAUCUGCGUCCUCAGAAACCUCUGGCCAUUCCCUUUCCCCUCCCCCAGGCUGCCCUGGCACCAGAGUUGCUGCCACGCUGGCAUCUCUGGCCCUGGGGCUUGCCAUUCUCCCUAUAGACUUCCCAGUUCCUAGUUCUUUGCCAGCUCCUCCCCACUGUGUGUGACCUUUGCAAGCCUUCCCUCUCCCUCCCUACCAGCACCCUCUUUGGAGAGCAGGAACUUAAUCUGCUGACAGAGCUACACCUUUUCAUAGCAGGCUCAGAUCACUCUGCUCCCUGUGACCUUUGGAUCUGCCUUGCCUCCCUUCUCAGGGAGCUCCCUUCUCAGGAGCUCUAGUGGCAAGGGAGGUUUCAGCUGGGUCCCUCCUCCUGCUAUCUCCCCAGAAUAUCCUUGGCUUUACCCCCUUUCCUUCUCCCAAACCCUGUACCUAUUUAUCAGCCUCCUCCAGAACAGCCAGGGCAGCUAACAAGCACCUGUAUCUAGAAGCCAGGGGGCUAGAGAGUGGCCCAAAGGCUGAGCAGGGGGAGGGAAGGGUGAGCAUAUCCCCAUGUAGGUGGGUCCUGACAUUCCAAGGCCAGCUCCCCUCUGUCAUCUGCCUUCUCAGCAAGGUAUACAUGAGUACCCCGAGAGCUAGGAAACUUAAGGAAGAGGAAAUAAAAAUUAAAACCAUCCUACCCUCUAAGGCAGCGAUUUUCAACCUUUUUCAUUUCAUGGAACACAUAAACUAUAAUUACUAAAAUUCUGUAACACACAAAAAAUACUAUUUUUUAACGAGCUGACAUGAAAAUAGAUAUAAUUUUGACAUGUUCACACUGGACGGCUAUUGUUGUGUUGGCUGUUGUCAUUUUUUUUUAUUUUUAUAAUUUAAGGGAAAACAAUGCCCCUGACUAAAGAGUCAGGUAUUGUGUGUUAUAAAAAUUCUUGCGACACAGCAGUGUGCCUCUUGUGGGCACAUCACAGGGCACAUCACACACUGGCUGAAAAUUGCUGCCCUAGGGUAAGGGAAGAACAGAAAGGGGAGGAGGGAGAGGAGUAUGCUUUGCCUGGCUUAGCUCCAGGAUGGGGUGGCAGUGGAGAAUAUCACAGGUCAGCAGCCUAGGCUUCUGGCUAUAAAUAGUCCCUGAGGGCCUAAGCCACUCCUUCGGGUCCAGUACAGGGUCUCAGCUUCCUGAGUGGCAGCACCUGGCAUACCAUGGUUCUGGCCAGCAUUAUGUUAACCCUCCCUUAUUCCCGGCCUGGUGACCAGGGAGGCAGGCUCCUCUCGCCUUCUAGCCGUUGAGAAUUCACUUUCCAAUGAAGCGCGGAGCUGCCUGAAUCAGGCAGUAGGAGCGAGGUGCACAGUUGUCCCAGAUCUGGCUGGGCCCAGUCAGGGGCACUGACUUAAUACAGGAGGUCAAUGUGGGGGCAGGAAACCAGCUUCCUUCCCUCAGCAGCACCUGCGAUCUUGUUAGCCAAAGACUUUUACCUACUGUUGUUUACUCCACAGUUAAUUGAAUCUAAGGCCUUCGAAUCAGGCCUAUUUGUCUACCCAAUAAAGCGUGGUUUUACCAGA